AAAAAAAAAGUUAUGGAGCGAAGCCUAAUCGGAUCACGUCUGUUGCACGCUGCUGCGUAAUUUUCAGUAUAGAAAAAUCUAUAGUGGCUGUGGGAAAGCAGGGGAGAGCGCACGGCGCGCAACGGCGAACACGAAGCAGAGUUUGGGUGUUUUGUGUGGACCAGAAAAGCGGCCGGUUCAUAGGAGGGCCAGGUAUGUUUUUCCGUUUCCAAGGACUGCCUUGCUGAUGUCACCGCGGAGGAGGAGGGCAGCGAGGAGGACAGGUGUUCGGGGUGAAGUUGUCUCUCCGUAGGUUUGGAUGAGGAGCUGUCAGUGAGAGGAGCUCCUCUCUGCAGCUGCUGAACCUUUUGGAAACUAGUUUUUGAAGUUUUCCAGUAUUUUUCUAAACUCUUUGCCUCGCAGUGUUAUCGAGUUUACUGACGUUUUCUCGACUCCAAAGUGGAAUACAGUCUGUUUUACUCUCGGAACUGACAGGAUCUGGUGCGCACAAACUGCGGGACUCUCGAGAUCCGUCUUGCUCUGUGGCUAACAUCGAGGUUUACAGUGGACGGAAAAGCUGCUGCUGUGUAUGAAGUACACACUGCUGUGAACUGGGGUGUGGGAUCGAGACGCCCCGCCAUCAGAAGCAGCACUUUUCCGCUUCAAUGCGACACUGACGCAGCUGGUCUCACGUUCCAGCCGCGGACAGGUGAUGCUCGAGUGAUUCAAUGGAAGGACUGAUCCUCCUCACAGGGAGUUAGAGCUGAAAUAAAGACUUGUUUCCCCUGGAAUGGAAUACAACACAAGACAGCAGCCUCAAGUUGUCUAAUUUGCAAUGAUUUCUCCGUGCGUCAUUGCGCCUUAGGAUCUGAAAACGGUUGUUGCUUUGAAGGACAAUCGUUCUUGGACUUCCGUCUAGGUUUUACAGCAGCUGCCGACCAUGUCCAAGACGCUGAAGAAGAAGAAGCACUGGUCCACCAAAGUGCAGGAGUGCACCGUGUCGUGGGGAGGUUCCGGGGAGCUGGUCACUGUGGUGGAGGUGCGAGGGGGCGCAGAGCUGGGAGAGUUCCCCUACCUUGGGCACAUAGUUUUGGAAGCGAUGGUUUGUCACGCCGGCAGGUUUCCCAGCGGCGGGGACGUGCUGCUGGAGGUGAACGGAACACCGGUGAGCGGACUCACCAACCGAGACACGCUGGCUGUCGUCCGCCACUUUCGGGAGCCCAUCCGCCUGAAGACUGUUAAACCAGGCAAGGUGUUGAAUACUGAUUUGCGUCACUACCUCAGUCUGCAGUUUCAGAAGGGCUCCCUGGACCACAAGCUCCAGCAGGUGAUCAGGGACAACCUGUACCUGCGCACCAUUCCCUGUACCACUCGGCAGCCCAGAGAGGGGGAAGUUCCUGGAGUGGAUUACAAUUUCAUCAGCGUGGGGGAGUUCCGAGAGCUAGAAGAAAGUGGACUGCUGCUGGAGAGCGGCACCUAUGACGGUAACUACUAUGGGACCCCUAAGCCCCCUGCAGAGCCCAGCCCUGUACAACCAGACUUGGUGGACCAGGUUUUGUUUGAUGAGGAAUUUGACACCGAGGUCCAGAGAAAACGCACAACCUCAGUCAGUAAGAUGGACAGAAAGGACAGCGCUGCACCAGAGGAGGAAGAGGAAGAUGAGAGGCCUCCUAUGGUCAACGGUCUGGCCGAGCACAAGGAUAAAGCAGAGUGGAGGAAGACGGUGCCCAGCUACAACCAAUCAGCCGGGGCCAUGGACUUACGUGUAUGGAACACACAGGAUGAAAGUCAGGAGCCCCUGCCUAAAAACUGGGAAAUGGCCUACACAGAAACCGGCAUGGUCUAUUUCAUAGAUCACAACAGUAAGACCACCACUUGGCUGGACCCCCGUCUUGCAAAGAAAGCCAAGCCUCCCGAGAAAUGCGAGGAGGGAGAGUUGCCCUAUGGCUGGGAGAAGAUUGAGGACCCACAGUACGGAACCUACUACGUAGACCACAUCAACCAGAAGACCCAGUUUGAGAAUCCAGUACUGGAAGCUAAGAGAAAGCUGAGUGUGGACACACCCAUUGCAGCUCCGCCGCCAGCAGCCACACCCUCAGCAGAGGAGCCUGGCAGGGGAGUGCGGGGCUUCACACGAGAUCCGUCUCAGUUGCAGGGCUCCAUCCUGCAGACAGCACUUAGAAAAAGCCUCCAGGGAUUUGGGUUCACCAUUAUUGGAGGAGACCGACCCGACGAGUUCCUUCAGGUCAAAAACGUCCUUCCAGAUGGGCCCGCCGCGCACGACAACAAGAUUGCCUCUGGUGAUGUGAUUGUGGACAUCAACGGCACAUGUGUGCUAGGGAAGACACAUGCUGACGUUGUGCAGAUGUUCCAGUCCAUCCCCAUCAACCAGUAUGUGGACAUGGUCCUGUGUCGGGGUUACCCCCUGCCAGAGGACUCCAGUAGUAGCGAGGAGGCAUCAGGAGGCGUCGGCACUUCCAAGGACACUUCUCCGUCUCCCUCCACCUCCACACCACAGGAUCCCCAUCACACCAUCCCAGAUGGAGGAAGCCUUCCCCGGCAGACUGCUGCAGUGCCACCUAUGACCAACGGCGGGCGCCACCACCACCAUCCACACCAACACCACCAUCACCUUCCUCACGCCCUUAACCAAGAAGGCCCUGAUCCCACACUGUUACAGCCGGAGCUGGUGAGCGUGCCCUUGGUGAAAGGCCCAGGAGGGUUUGGCUUUGCCAUUGCAGACUGCCCCCUGGGACAGAAGGUGAAGAUGAUCCUGGAUGCCCAGUGGUGCCGCGGCUUGCUGAAGGGCGACGUUAUCAAGGAGAUCAACAGACAGAAUGUCCAGACGUUGAGCCACUCCCAGGUGGUGGACAUCCUCAAAGACCUCCCUGUGGGCAGUGAAGUCAACGUGCUGGUGCUGAGAGGAGGUCAGACAUCUCCUGUGAAAUCCCUAAAACCAUGCACAGCUCCCAUGUCCCAUACCGUAUCGCAGCCUACACCUCACCAGACAGCUCAUCCCGUACCGCAGCAGCUGUCCCAUCCCAGCUCCCAGCCCAUAAUACAGCAGCAGCGACAGGAAAUGAUCAGCAGCACGGAGACCCUCAGUCAGCCGGAGAUGCAGCCCAGUCCGCUGUCUUUCCCUGCCAACACCCUGCGCUCGUCUUCACCCAAACCGGACGCAUCCGAGCUCUACCUCAAGUCCAGGGCCAUUUUAGACAGCAAGCCUCCUAAUACCAAGGACCUGGAUGUGUUCAUCAAAAGGAACCAGGAAUCAGGCUUCGGCUUCAGAGUCCUUGGAGGCGAGGGACCAGAUCAGCCGGUGUACAUCGGUGCCAUUGUUCCCCUCGGUGCAGCUGAGAAGGACGGGCGCCUGCGGGCAGGAGAUGAGCUGCUUUGUAUAGAUGGUGUGCCAGUCAAGGGCAAAUCCCACAAACAAGUGCUGGAGCUCAUGACCAAUGCUGCCCGCAAUGGCCAAGUCAUGCUCACAGUCCGCAGGAAACUAGCACACACAGAUGGGGGUGCAGAAGACGCCAGCAGCCAGCAGCCUCAUCAGGUCGCCUCCGCUCUGGUCAACAGCUCCCCCAAGAUGCCUCGUGUUGAGGUGCCAAACACCGUCCAGCCCGGCCAGUCCUCUCGGCCAGAGUGCUUCGACGUUACUCUGCACCGCAAAGACAAUGAAGGAUUUGGGUUUGUUAUCCUCACGUCAAAGAACAAACCCCCGCCUGGAGUUAUACCUCACAAAAUUGGCCGUGUUAUUGAAGGCAGUCCUACUGACCGUAUAGGUCAGAUGAAGGUAGGAGACCGAAUCUCGGCCGUCAACGGUCAGUCCAUCAUGGAACUGUCACACAACGAUAUCGUUCAGCUUAUCAAGGACGCCGGGAAUUCCGUCACCCUGACUGUUGUGCCUGAAGAUGACAGUGCUCCUCCAUCUGGAACAAAUUCUGCCAAGCAGAGCCCUUCAGCACAACAUCGAGCCGUAGGCCAACAGCCUCCCAGCUAUCCAGACAGGAACGGUGACUCGGACGUGAGGAGAGAGAUGGGAACUCUCAUCACAUCAGGCCCCAAGCAGGGUUGCUUUGUGGUGGAGCUGGAACGUAGCCAGCGGGGCUUCGGCUUCAGUCUGAGAGGAGGGAAGGAGUAUAACAUGGGCCUGUUCAUCCUGCGACUGGCUGAGGAUGGGCCAGCCCUUAAAGACGGCAGGAUACAUGUUGGAGAUCAGAUUGUGGAGAUCAACGGCGAGGCCACGCAGGGCAUCACACACACUCGGGCCAUUGAGCUGAUCCAAGCAGGAGGCAGUAAAGUUCACCUGCUGCUCCGACCUGGCCAGGGCUUGGUCCCGGAUCACAGUUCAAAGGACAAAGUAACCAUUCCAACCUCAAGCUUUCCCAGACUCUCUGUAUCCGACGGACAGUCAUCUCCAGCUUCUCCAUCCUCUGUCUCCCUCUCUACCUCGGAACUGUCCCCGUCUUCACCCAAAAUAUCCGCCCCUGAUGAGUUUUCUGGGGGGGACGGCAGGGUAUCCGGGUCCCCUGCUGUUGGGCAGGAGCAUGGUAGGCAGGCGAACAGAUCUAGAGGACAGCAGCUCUCUUACCACAACCAUAAGCGCACCACCAGCCCCAGCGCCCAGGCCAGGAAAACAAGCAGGAGCGACUCUAAGUCCGGUAGUCCCAGAAGGGCCGCUGAAGGCUGGACGGAUCAUGUGGAGCGCUCCCAGAGUCCACGAAAACCAGAGCGAGGCCACAGUGGAUCCUUGGAGGACAUGAGCAAGGAAAGAAAAGCCCAAGGGCAGAGGGACCACCACUCCUCCAGUCCAAGGAAGGGGUCCAAGAGGGAAAACGACCCUGCUGGGCCUUUGAGGAACCUGGAGGAGCCUCAGAGCCCCAGGCGCCCUGCUGGCCAGCAGCCCCACGUUGCCUCCGGAGAAGAGAAAGACUGGAGGUACAAAGAGGAGGAUGCACCUUACUGGCAGGAGAGUGGAGACAAAAGCUGGGGGACCGGUGAACGCCACAGAAAAGGCAAAAGGGCUGAGCAAGAGGCAGCGGUGCAAAAAUCCUACUCCCAAGUGCACAGGGAGAGGUCAGGGUCAGAUGCUGAUAGUGGCACGCUAGGCCGAAGGAGUGGAAGAGGGAAGGGGGAUAAGGAACAUCGAGAGAGUAAGUACCCAGGGCCAGCCGAGGAUGGGAAUAGAAAGGACCCUAGAGGUUCAAGUAGCAGCAUCCAGGACCCCAGCUGCAAUGGGACCACUACCAGUAAGAAGGCUCCUAUCACCCCCGGCCCAUGGAAAGUUCCCAGUUCUGCGAAGAUCCAGUCCCAAGUGGACACAACGUACGCAGAUGUUUAAUAUCCUGCUGGGAUUCUGCAUAUAUGAAGAGAAGGCUGAGCCUGUGAAAUAUGGACAUUCAGAAUGGAAGGAUGUUUUUUUAGACAUUUAUGACAUAGCAGAUCACUGUGUAACCAGCAACAUAGCUUCUCAUUGCUUUUAUUUUUUUUUUCACCCGGUUUGCCUCGGUCAGUUUACAUCAAGCUGUUGAUGUCUGAUCUGACAUUGUGCUCGUACCUACAUGAGUAUUCGUACUGUACAAUGAUGUGUGUGUAACAGAUGGGCUCUGAGUGUGAUUUUUUUUUUGUUGUUGUUUGUCUAGAAGUGACACUGAAGUCUAUUUUGUGCCAAUCAGAGUCUCCGGUUACAAAGAAGCUGCUCCUAAUUGCACUCACUGUGAGACUGUUUGUGGGUAAUUGGAUGAACUGCUCUCCCUGUCUACCCACCUCAAUGAAGGAUCCUGCUUUUUCUUUCACAUUUGAAGGUUUGAAGGAACAUUCAUGCAAUCACACACAUCUUAUCUUCCAGGCAAGAUUGGUUCACUGUUGCUGUCACGAAUGGAUGAAGGGGAAAAAAGAAAAAAAAAAGUGAGACUUGUGAGUUUCUCUUAAAAUAUGUCCGAAAACUGUGUCUUUUAAGUUCUGCGAGAACCAGACCGGAGUUGUGAAUUGUGUAUGUGUGUGUGUGACUGCAUUCAUACACGUGAAGACAUGAAUCCUAUUAGCUUAUCACAAGGUGGACAGACUACCCUGGAGCUUUAUAUGCAUCAAUCAACAGACCAGAUACUUGUGGUUAUAGUUCUAAUGUUUGUUACAUGUGUGUUAAUAAUAAAGCAUAAUGUAAUUUAUUGAAAUUAUAUGUACACAAAACAGUUAGUAGACAUAUCCAUGCUGAGUCAUUUCACUUUUGAUGUGAAAAUGUGUAGAUAAGCAUCACCAUCCAAAAUGACACUAUAAAAACUGCAGUCUAUACAUUGAUUUUCAUGGUCUGUAAACAGUCACAUGAGCCUGAUUCAUAAUGUUGUUGACUGUUAGCAGUUCUGUAUUUUAGGUCCUCUGGCUUUGUGUGUAUGUAUACAAGCUGAAUGGUCGGCCUAUGUAUUUUAGAUAUUGCUGUAGCAUCAACUAUAUUCAAUCUGAAGCGUAUAUUAUUUAACAAAGUGAUUACACAUAUAUUGGCACAUACUUUAGAUGAGUUGAGAUAACAGAGCCUGAUUGUAAGAAGUGAGAACUCUGCCUUCAGCUUACUUAAAACUUUAAGAGAUAUUUGUAUUUUUAUCACCAGAAAUGUAGGCACAAAAACAAGAUAUUUCUUCAUCUUCGGAUCCCCGAAUCUAUUUUUAAUCGUAGUUUUGAUUUAGGACAUGAUCCCUAAUGUAAGUAGUGUGCUAUGGGUAUUUUUGCGUAAUUGUUAUUCGUUAUGCCGUGUCACUUUUGCGUCAUCAAUAAAGCCAGAAGCUCAAAGAAAUCAGCAAAUCUUCCACACAAGGAGGAAAAGUCGCGCCACCCUGCUUCUUUGGGAGUCUGAUUUGAAAUGAUGCUAUCAGGUUUAAUCAAAUAUAUUAAUUGGGAUCACUUGUACCCUGCUCUGGAGACAAAAUGUAGCGUUUCAAUGUUUCCACUGUGGAGUACAGCGACAUCUAGUGGUGUAUUCACUGCUCUUCAGCCUGCCUGUUCAAGGAUGUAAACAAGUAACGCAUGCAUCUGUUGGUCUGCAGGACCGCUUAAUAAUUUAUUGUCCACUUUAUUGUUGAUAUGUUGGGCUACUGUGUUAUUUACUGUCCAUGCCAUUACCAUGUAUGAUACUGUGGCCUUGCGUUGCUCUGACAUGUUAAAAGAGAAAAAUCUUUUAGUUUUGACAUCAUAGUAGUUGUAAAUGUCUAUAAAUUGUACAGCACCUGUAUAAAUAUUUGCCUUCAUGCAGAAAAAAAAUCCUCUGUAAAUCGUUUCAUUAUUUUUUUAAGGGAACUGAGAGGAAAUGAUAUAAAAUGGGUGAAAUGAAAUAAUUUGGUCAUGGCAUUCUGUUCAUGCACUGAUAAAUAAAGGUUUACUGAUUUAACAUGA